GUUAAAGAACUUAAAUGUGACAAGUGAUUAGAGGCCAGGCUCCAUGCUCCCUGUGAGGCCACGCACCCACUUCUUGCAGGCAGUGGUGGGGUGGGCCUCCAGCCUCUGGGUGAGUGGCUCCCAAGCUCUCCCCAAGGCCCCCUUCAAUACAGAGGCCUGCAGGACCUGACUGGUAUGACAGCUAGAUGGGAUGGGUAGUGCGUGAUGCUCGGCCCCCAGGGUGAUUGUGGCUCUUCCAAAAGGCACCUGAGGGGAUGCAGAAUUUAGCAGCAAAACCAAAGGACAGCUCUUUGUCAUUUCUGCUCAUCUUCUGUUAGAUUCUAAGCUAUGGAGUAUGUGUCCAGGGUUUCUAGAGAUUGCCAUCACUUUAUAAGGAAAGAAACAUACAUUUACUGAGCAACUACUUUGUGCCAGGCAACAUGCUAAGAGUUUAGACAUUUGACCCUUUCAGCAGCCCUGUGAAAUAGGAAUUGUUAUUUUGCCCAUUGCUGGCAAGGAAACUGAAGUACAGUAAAGUGAAAUGGCUUGGCUAAUCCACAGCUAGUGAGAACAGAGCCAGGGUCAGGACAGAGGUAGGAUAAUCUUAGCAGUAUUCCAUCUUUAUGUGCCUCACAGCACCAGGCACAAUGCCCUGGAUUUAGGAAGAGCUUAGCAAAUGCCUGCUGAGCUAAGAAUAUAAGAAUUCAUGUGCCAAAAGGGCAUUCUGAAACAGGGGCAAAUGCCCAGGCAGGGCUCUAAAAGACCAGCUAUGCAGAGCAGCAGCUGGCAAAUCAUCAAUUUGAAACUCCAUCAUCCAGCUGGUGGCCUCCUGGCUUGCAGCCAGCCAUGUACAAGGGCUGACUUGAUCAGCUUUGGCUCUUUUAUUUCAGGCAAUCCACCUUCCAAAGAAGUGCCUGCUGGGAAGUACCCAUUCAUAGUGACCUCCGAUGAUGGGCGGAAGGUUCCUGUGGUCCAGGCCUAUGCUUUUGGCAAGUACCUAGGCUAUUUGAAGGUCAUGUUUGAUGAAAAAGGAAAUGUAAUCACUUCACAUGGAAACCCCAUCCUUCUAAACAGCAGCAUUCCUGAAGAUCCAACCAUAAAAGCAGACAUUAACAAAUGGAGAAUAAAAUUAGAUAAUUUUUCUACCCAGGAAUUGGGGAAAACAAUUGUCUAUCUUGAUGGCACCACUCAAUCAUGCCGCUUUAAAGAAUGCAACAUGGGCAACCUGAUUUGUGAUGCUAUGAUUAACAACAACCUUAGACACUCGGAUGAAAUCAUCUGGAACCACGUGUCCAUGUGCAUUUUAAAUGGAGGUGGUAUCCGGUCACCCAUCAAUGAGCAGAACAACAAUGGCACGAUUACCUGGGAGAGCCUGGCUGCUGUGUUGCCCUUUGGAGGCACAUUUGACCUGGUCCAAUUGAAAGGCUCCACCCUGAAGAAGGCCUUUGAGCACAGCGUGUACCGCUAUGGCCAGUCCACUGGAGAGUUCCUGCAGGUAGGCGGAAUCCAUGUGGUAUAUGAUCUUUCCAGAAAACCUGGAGACAGAGUGGUCAAAUUAGAUGUUCUUUGCACCAAGUGUCGAGUGCCCAGUUACAACCCUCUCAAAAUGGAUGAGGUAUAUAAGGUGAUCCUCCCGAGCUUCCUGGCCAAGGGUGGAGAUGGAUUCCAGAUGAUAAAAGACGAACUAUUAAAACAUGACUCUGGUGACCAAGAUAUCAACGUGGUUUCUGAAUACAUCCUAAAAAUGAAAGUAAUUUAUCCAGCAGUUGAAGGUCGGAUCAAAUUUUCUGCAGGAAGUCAUUGCCAUGGAAGCUUUUCUUUAAUAUUUCUUUCAUUUUUGGUAGUGAUCCUUGUUUUAUAGCAGUAGCCAAAAAUUUCCUUCCCAUUACUGUGUGAAACUGCAUCUUUUUCAAGUGAGAUUCAAACCUAUCUUUUAGGUCCUGGCUUUGUUAUAGCACAGACCAUCCUCGCAGGCUCCUAGAAGCUGAAGCUUAGAGCAUUAUAAAAAGAAGACACUGACAUCAUCACUCAGGGUCAGCAACUUUGUGAACAGAGAGAAAAAGAAAUUAAAAUAGGGCCCUAUGAGAAGAAAGCCAACCAUAUUUAGUUCACAUAUCCAAACUAUAAUAAAAUUUUAUUAAUGAUUUUAAACCAGAUAAAUCAUUUUUCUCCUUUACAUCCACUUCUAAUCCAUCAAUUUAUGUUUACAGAGAACUUUAUCAUUUACAAGAGGGUUUUAAGCAUAUUGUCUCAUCUGAUACCCACAAUUUUCUUUGAUUGGUAAGACAUGUGUUUUUUCCCAUUUGACAGACGAGGAAACUUAAGCUCAGAAAGUGCUCACUUGUUUAAGGACAUAUAGCUAGAAGUAACAGAUCCGAGACCUAGACCUAAGUCUUUUGACCUCAAGCCCAGAAUUCUUUCAACUACAUCAAGUUACUGUUCAGAAUGAUUCUCUCUUAACUAUCAAUGGCCCCACGUUCAUGGAUUCCAAGUCUGCUUUAUUUCUGGUUUCCAUUUUUUUCCUUUUCAGUUCCUAUUUUAAUAAUGAGUUUAAUGGACUAAACACAGGGUGGCAUUCUCUCUUGCAUCACCAUGUGCCUUUGAUGAGUGAGGGAACAAACAGUAGCAAAUAACAGAGAGACAGCAAAAGGCCGUCAAGCGGCAGGGGAGAAAGGGAAGGGAAGAAGAGGACACCAGGACUGAUUUACGUUGUAGAAGAGAAAGAGCUAAAGGGCAUUUAGAUGUGUUAAAUAGAUAUUUGCUAAGGAGUAGCAGCAAGGUGCCUGACAUAUGGUAUUAGCUGUUAUUAACUGUAUGAGACUGCAUCAGCUCUGCCUCUGUGCUCUGUCCUUCCUUCUAACAUGAAGCUAUCAUGAGAAAAGAACCUUCUAAGAUGAGCUCUAAUUCUAAACCUGCACCUGUUCCUCCCUAGCAAGAUGCCAGCAUUGCACUUAUUCUAGUCACACCACACACACCCCCAGUUAUAGAAAAUCCAUAAUUCCGAAAGACAAGAGUUACUUCUAAAAAAUGGUGUACAUAAGAUGUUUGUCCAAAUCUGACCAAUCACUAUAAGUCAUUUUGUAUUCUCUAUAUAAGAACUCCUGCUGGGGAGUGGGCCUUUGAGUGGGUACUCAGGAAAUACCCAUACUGAUGAAAUGAUUUAUGCCCAAAGAACAAAUACUUGCUUAAGGUGGCAGUGGGACCAUUUGAGCCUGCUCAGCUUUACCUAAGUAAUUCAACAAGAAACGGGAAGCUUCACCUUAAAAAUAGUGAGCAAACAGCAGCUAGAGGUUUGGAGAGGAAUAUUAAAUACUCUUAAUACAAAAUAUACUUUUAAACUUCAUGACCUUUUUAUAAAGGUUGUUGCAGUAAAAUAAUAUCCCCAGUUCUAUGCAUAUACAGAUUAGCUAUAAAUAAACAAAUAAAUGACAAUAAUAUUGUAUGAGGAAAAUUAGAGAAACAUGCAUUUGGGGUAUAUUAUUUAUGCUUGGCCAGUAAAACAGGAUAAAUUCUAUUACAGCACAAUAUUUUAAAGAACUUUUUUGUAAGUGUUCUAAAUAUGUGUGAAUGCAUUGUAUAGUGGUAUGAGAAAUGACCCUGAACCACUCUGCAACUAUAGAUUUCAAACAGUAAAAUUAAACAUAUGAUCCUUGGU